GGUCUAUCAUGCAACAUUAAAAGAAGGUUAUACCCUCGGAGGAAAAAAUCGGAAAAAAUUGGGAUGUAUUGGAUUAAAGAAAACAAUUAUGACUAAUGAAACAAAAAAUUUGGAGUCUAUUGAAUUAAUGCAAAGAAAUGAAUGGGAAAUUUUACUUUUAUUUAGUGGAUUGGGAGAAGAAAAUAACAAAAGAAUUAUUAAACUUUAUGCAGCGUUAGCUUUGUUUUCUAUAAAAAUUCUUGAUUCAUUUAAUUUAAAAUAUCAAAGAUUAAUUUUUAAAAUUUAG